UGCUCUCACUGGAAGACACUGAUCGAUAUCGAACAGCCUGCGAGCACAUGGCCGCAAGCUUGAACAUUGAGACCGUAUACGUAAUCGCUGUCAAUUUUCUGGAACAGUCAAUCUCGCCGUCGACGGUGGAAGAUAACACCAAGGUGCCAUUUGUUGCUCCGCUCUCGCCCGCCUUGCUAUCGCCCUCAAAAAACAUCCCUACUUUGCUCGUGCCAAGCAGCUCAAUGUUGCCAGCAACCUCCAAAGACGCGCGCAAAGAUGCCUGCAUUCUCUUGGCCUGCCACGGACUGCCGAGUCCCUGGCCUAUCUUCGAGAGCAAGCUCCAUUCCAGAGUAUUCUCAAAUGGUCACGACCCCUUUCUCGUCUUUCAGAAUGCUGGAAAGCGCGGCGUUGCAGACACGGAAGGUGAUGCUGAUCUUCUUCUACCUCGCUGCUGUUCCGAGGACAAACGCAUGGAGACGUUUUAUAGCGGCAUAAUGGUACCAGUCAUGACCGACCUGGAGUGGAAACGCAAGAAGCAGAAGGAAGAUCAUUACAAUACUGGCGCGCCCAGCUAUGAGCCUCUGACGGCAGCGGAGAAAACAGCCUCGCCGCCCGCCAAGACGGGCUUUGUGCUUGCAGCUCUUUCAAGGCGGCCCGACCGUGCGUUGGCGAUUGAGGAUCUUCGAUACUUGCAAGCGUGCCAACCUAUGCUGAAGAAGGCCAUCUUGAAGUCCAUGGAUGCCGCCGAUGCGGCCGAAGAGAUGCGCAAUAGUGCAGCCUCAAUAUUCCCUGGCCUAGGUGGGCCAGCGGCAUCUCUUACGCACCAUAUUCCAGCGCUCCGCGAUAAAGUCAAUCCGAUGAGCGCCGCAAAGAGCAAGCGUGGAGGCUACUACCACAAGGGCCAAACGGCAGCUAAGCAUUUCGUCAGCCACUCGAAGAAGACCUAUAAUGAUCUCGCGCAUGGACGAGCGGACGUUGACGCUGAAGACGGCCGAGCAAGAUCAGGUUCACUGAGUGGUAAAGCUGCUCCACUACUUCCCUCAGCCUCGGGCGAGUCCGGCGGCUCCAAACUGGAGGGCAUGGCCCGCAUUCGACAAGUGCGCCCGUCUCUUGCUGUUCAUAUCCCAUUUGCAAGCUCUACGCGGACGGUGCCUACCAAGCCUGGCUUGCAAAAAGACCUCAAUUUGCCACUCGGCGACCUUACGACAUCUCUUGCAGGGUCCACUGCGCUCGGAUCCUCUCGACUCAAAGGCAAGGGCAGCGACGGAGAUCUUGCGCACAGCACAGGUGUGCAACGCAUGCUCAUGAAAGCAAAGGUAGUUGCGGCGGACGCGACUAAGUCCUCACCACCUCUUCGUGGCUCUCCAGCAUCCAGCAAUGGUAGCAAGCGCUUCCCAUCUGGCGAUUCGUAUCUACCACACGAUCAGAGCAAGUUGGUGGUCACGACCAAGAGCAGCGUUCCACAAACGCAUGACGCACACGGCGGACAUUCAAUGGUCAAAGGUCACAGUGGACAAGGUGGUCUACCGGGGCACCUCCGCUCGGGAUGGUCGGCUGCAGCGAACUACCUCGGCUCUGCUAUGCAUGCAAAGCCCGUGGAGGGUCAUGCUGCGAGUCCGGAGGAGAAGAUUGCCACUUUUGUUGCGCCGACGGGACGAUCCGCUUCGAGAGCCAGAGCGUCAAGACCUCAGGUCGUCCGUUCGCACACGGGCAGCAGCGUCGGUCUCAAGGCGUCUGUAUCGCCUGCGUUAUCGAAGACGUCCUCGAGUACCAGUCCGACGCCCCAGUCUUCCACUCGCUCAAGUCCCAGUCUGGAUGCGCCAUUGCCAUCAAACGCCUCGCCUGGCCUUCGCAUCACGACCUCCCCAGUAGCGACGCGUUUGCCAACCCGCGACCGCAGUCCUGUCAGAUUUGUGAUGAAGGUCGAUGGUCCAGACGCGAUGCUGCAUUCGCCCUCACCUUUGGGCGCUCACGGAAACGUCACGCAUGCUCGCGACAUCGAGAAUCUUAGGAUGAAGGUGCCAAAUUUGGAUGUGCCGACUGCUCCCAUUCUCAGGUCUUGCGCUCACGAGCGCAAUCUAGAUUUCAAGCUGCAAAAGAUGAGCACACCUGAACGGGGUGCGACAGCAGCAAGAGAAGCCAAGCUGGCAAAACUCCUGGGGACUGCACAAUUCGAGAGCCCGUCAAGUCUGGGUGCGGGAGCGAAAGCUGCUCACAAACACCAAAACAACCUCGAGGUCGCCGGCGUUGCCUUGUCACCGCUGUCUGCUCCCGCACCCUUCCCUUCGAUGACGGGCGGAUAUCGCAGGAAAGGCUCGCAUCUUCGAGAGGUAGCAAACCCCAUGGAGGGCUUUUUCCAACCGUUGGGAGAUCGCUCUCCCUUACCAUCCCCCCCACCGUCAGGCGAACGACCGCAUUUCGAAUUUCAAAACGCCACAUUUGGCCUGCAGGCGCCCGACAUUCGCCUGUCUCCGCUCCCUUCUCCCCUAUCGCCACGCUCGCUUGCGCCCCACUCAGAGGGCGGCACGCUAGUUGGGCAGCGCAGCAAAGCCUUCUAGGCCGGCUAUGCGCAGCCGAGCGAACGCUAUGCGUGUAGAGGACAUGAUGGUGCUCGCUUGCGUCGGUGAAGACUUAUAAGGAUUUUGCCAACCUACAGCCGUGAGACGGACAUUACAUACCCAAUCCCUCAUUUCCACACUCCCAC